GAUGACAAGGAAAAGUAAGGAAGGAGAGAAAGGCAGAGAGGAAGUCCGUACCGCCGCGCAUGGGCAUCAGCACCACACCGCCGGCGCUCCCUCGAAAACGCCGCGCAUGUCGCCGGGAAAUCCCGGGCGCGGCGUAACUCCCGACCGGACAGAGGACACUGCACAUAUAACAGCGCUUAUCUAGCUUGUAGCCUUCGCGUAUCAAUAUAAGAGCUUAUCAUAAGCCGAAGGGCUUAUCGGGGUGCCUUUCUCAUUGAGCACUCGUUUUCGUUUGGUAUUUAGUUUUGUUUGUUAGCUUUUCACUCCUCGUCUCUCCCUCUGCACCUUCUCUCUCCCCCAAAUGUGUUCAAUCCAGUGGGGCGACCACCACGAGCGCCAUCACAAACCCCUGCAAAUCCCCUCCUGUCCCCUGCAAAAUCCGGUUUCCGUGUGAAUCGUAGCGAUCUGGUGGGGUUUGUGAUCUAUAGAGAGAGAGUUGUGGAGAGAAGAGAGAGAGGGCCAUGUCUUCUCUGAGCAGGGAGCUGGUCUUUCUCAUCCUACAGUUCCUCGAUGAGGAGAAGUUCAAGGAGACUGUUCACAAGUUGGAGCAGGAAUCAGGGUUCUUCUUCAACAUGAAAUACUUUGAGGAUGCCGUUCAUAAUGGAGAGUGGGAUGAGGUUGAGAGGUAUCUGUCUGGUUUCACAAAGGUGGAUGAUAAUCGCUAUUCCAUGAAGAUCUUUUUUGAAAUUAGAAAGCAAAAGUACCUUGAAUCCUUGGACAAGCAAGACCGUGCGAAAGCUGUAGAAAUUCUCGUAAAAGACUUGAAGGUCUUCUCUUCAUUCAAUGAGGAUCUGUUCAAGGAAAUUACCCAACUUCUCACCUUAGACAAUUUCAGGGAGAAUGAGCAGCUCUCAAAGUAUGGGGAUACCAAGUCCGCACGAACCAUAAUGCUGGUUGAGCUCAAAAAGCUUAUUGAAGCGAAUCCCCUCUUCCGUGACAAACUGCUGUUUCCCUCUCUUAAAACUUCACGGCUUCGCACUCUUAUCAAUCAGAGUUUGAAUUGGCAGCACCAGCUUUGCAAGAAUCCAAGACCCAACCCAGAUAUAAAGACCCUCUUUGUAGAUCACACAUGUGGCCAACCAAAUGGCGCUCGUGCACCAUCUCCGGCUGGUAAUACCCUCAUGGGUGCCAUUCCAAAAGCUGCAGGAUUCCCACCAUUGGGGGCUCAUGCUCCCUUUCAACCCACACCAACCCCUCUUCCAACUGGGCUUGCUGGCUGGAUGGCCAAUUCCGCCCAGGUUCCCCACCCUGCUGUUUCCGGAGGCCCCAUUGGUCUAGGUGCUGCUACCAACCCAGCGGCUUUAUUGAAACGUCCAAGGACUCCUCCCACUAAUAAUCCUGCAGUGGACUACCAAACUGCAGAUUCUGAACAUGUGCUGAAGAGGGGCAGGCCAAUGGGGGUUUCUGAUGAGGUUAAUCUGCCAGUGAAUAUUAUGCCUGUUACCUAUCCAAGUCAGAACCAUACUCAGAGCGCAUAUUCUCAGGAAGACUUGCCCAAGACAGUUGCCCGGACUUUGAACCAGGGUUCUUCUGUCAUGAGCAUGGAUUUCCACCCUGUUCAACAGACUGUACUUCUUGUUGGUACCAAUGUGGGGGACCUAGGGAUUUGGGAGGUUGGUACAAGAGAGAAACUGGCUUCUAAAGGUUUCAAAGUUUGGGAUCUUGGAGCUUGCUCGAUGCAGUUGCAGGCGGCGCUGGUUAAAGAUCCUUCUGUAUCAGUCAAUCGUGUGAUGUGGAGUCCUGAUGGAACACUUUUUGGAGUUGCAUAUUCCAAGCACAUUGUACACACAUAUUACUAUCAUGGUGGUGAUGAUCUGCGCCCGCACUUGGAGAUUGAUGCUCAUAAUGGUGGUGUCAAUGACCUUGCUUUCUCCCACCCUAACAAGCAACUUUGCAUCAUAACAUGUGGAGACGACAAGUCAAUCAAGGUGUGGGAUGCAGCUACUGGAAACAAGCAGUAUACUUUUGAAGGCCAUGAAGCGCCUGUUUAUUCUGUUUGCCCACAUUACAAGGAAAACAUUCAGUUCAUAUUUUCAACUGCUGUUGAUGGGAAGAUAAAGGCAUGGUUGUAUGACAACUUGGGUUCACGGGUUGAUUAUGAUGCACCUGGUCAUUGGUGCACAACAAUGGCGUACAAUGCCGAUGGUACCAGGCUAUUCUCAUGUGGAACCAGUAAAGAUGGCGAUUCGUAUCUUGUGGAGUGGAAUGAAAGUGAAGGUGUAGUGAAGCGAACAUAUGCAGGGUUCCGGAAACGGUCGUUGGGUGUUGUUCAAUUCGAUACCACAAAAAAUCGUUUCCUUGCUGCUGGUGACGAGUUUGCUGUUAAGUUUUGGGAUAUGGACAAUGUGAACCCUUUAAUAUCUGUUGAUGCGGAAGGCGGAUUACCAGCCAGUCCACGCAUUCGAUUCAACAAGGAAGGGAUGCUAUUAGCUGCUUCAACAGAUAAUGGUAUUAAAAUUUUGGCAAAUGCUGAUGGGCUUCGGUUGUUGCAUACCCUGGAGAACCGUUCUUUUGAUGCAUCUAGAGUAAAUUCUGAAGCCGUCGCAAAGUCUCCCACAAUAAAUUCGUUGACAUCUGUCAGUGCUGCUGGUGGAACAAGCAUGGGGGUUGGAGAUCGGGUUGCCCCUGUGGUGGCUAUGGUUGGAUUGAAUGGGGACAACCGAAGUGUGGGGGAUGUGAAGCCUAGAAUUACUGACGAGUCAAUGGAGAAGUCUAAGAUAUGGAAGCUUACUGAAAUUAAUGAACCAUCACAAUGUCGCUCAUUACGGCUUCCUGAUAACUUAUUGCAAAUUAAGGUGUCUAGGUUGAUCUAUACUAAUUCAGGAGUUGCCAUAUUAGCAUUAGCUGCUAAUGCCGUCCACAAGCUUUGGAAGUGGCAGCGUAAUGAUCGUAACACAACGGGGAAGGCGACUGCCAGUGUGGCACCACAGUUAUGGCAACCAUCUAGUGGCAUAUUGAUGACCAAUGAGAAUGCUGAGACAAACCCUGAAGAAGCUCUACCCUGCUUUGCCCUGUCAAAGAAUGACUCUUAUGUAAUGUCAGCAUCUGGAGGGAAAAUCUCUCUCUUCAAUAUGAUGACAUUUAAGACGAUGACGACCUUCAUGGCCCCUCCACCAGCAGCUACAUUUCUUGCAUUCCAUCCUCAGGAUAAUAACAUCAUUGCCAUCGGGAUGGAUGAUUCUUCGAUUCAGAUUUACAAUGUCCGAAUUGAUGAGGUCAAAAGCAAGCUCAAAGGCCAUCAGAAGAGAAUUACUGGUCUUGCCUUUUCCCAUGCCUUAAAUGUGCUUGUCUCUUCAGGUGCUGAUGCUCAGCUGUGUGUGUGGAGCACCGAUGGUUGGGAGAAGCAGGCCGGUAAAUUUCUGCAGAUUCCAACAGGGCGAGUGCCUGCUUCUCAUGCAGAGACACGUGUCCAAUUUCAUCAAGAUCAGAUACACUUCCUUGCUGUACAUGAGACCCAGAUUGCCAUUUAUGAAGCAUCUAAACUUGAGUGUCUCAAGCAGUGGGUGCCAAGGGAAUCGAGUGCCCCUAUCACACAUGCUACGUACUCUUGCGAUAGCCAGUUGAUAUACACAAGCUUUGUUGAUGGGAGUGUGGGUGUAUUCAGUGCAGCUACCCUCAGAUUAAGAUGCCGGAUCAACCCAACUGCUUAUCUGCCUGCCAAUCUCAGCUCGAAUACUUAUCCACUUGUUAUUGCUGCUCACCCCUCAGAGCCCAACCAGUUUGCACUAGGGCUUACAGAUGGUGGGGUCCAUGUUCUCGAGCCAUUGGAGUCCGAAGGGAAAUGGGGCACUGUGCCCCCAGCAGAGAAUGGGCCUGGGCCCAGCAUCCCUAGCGGUCCCAGUGCUGCCCCCCCCCAAUCAGAGCAGCCUCCAAGGUGAUGACUUCUAACUCAAUUUAGGCCCACUUGUUCAGAGAGAGAAAGGGAAAGCAUUCGGGUUUCUCUCUCCUGCGUGGCUCUUUUUAUUUGACAUGAGCUGCGAGGGCUUAGGAUUGUUUAGGAAUAUACAGAGAUGCAGCACCAACGAACUAUGGGGUCUCUUUGCUUUAUAUGAAAUCUUUUGCAGGAGGCUCCCAUCCUUUUCACGGUAAGUUAUGAUGAGUGUGGAGACAGAGAGAUGGAGAGAUUUGGGGGGGUUUUGAUUAGGCUCAUCACCUGUCACUACAAAAUUUGAGAGAUAAUAAGAGUUAGGGUUUGGUGGAGGGUCUCUCAGUUGUCAACCUAGAGCUUUGCUUAUUGUAUCCGAGGCAUUUUAUGAUUCGUUUGUUCAAUUUUCAUUUCACACAUGAUUCUCUCCGUCGCUGCUGUUUAUAUUUGCAUUUCACUGCUGAAUAUGUUUUCCACAAGGCAAAGUGUGCUGAAGUGCCCGGGGCGGAUUGAAGGUUUGGUGGCUUUUAUAGACAUUUACAUCUCUCUCUCUCUCUCACUCUCUCGCUCUCUCUCGCUCAUUUUUCUUGCAUAAUAUAUGAUAAGCAAUCGGUUGGCCUGGUCCUGGAGUAGUGUGUUUAAUACAUGUUUAAAGUGAGAGACAUGACAUCCGUGAUCUGGAUUUUGUGCACCCUGAGAUAUAUGAGAUGGAUAGCUGAAAAGCUUGUGUAGCCUUUGAUAAUUAGUAACCUUUUAUCAAACCUUGUGUAAACUUGAGAAUGACGCAUUUGAUUCAGAAAAAUGAAGCACCGCUCUAGGUUUUACCGUUUCC